AUGCUUAAUGGGACAAACUUUAAGGCUUGGAAGGAAGCAAUUGAGAUAAUUCUUGGCUGCAUGGAUCUUGGUCUUGCACUUCGGGCUGAGAAACCCACUCCAACUCUGGAAACCCUGGAUGAGGAUAAGGUUGAAAAGUGGGAACGCUCAAACCGAAUGUGUCUGAUGAUCAUGAAGCGAUCUGUUCAAGAAGUUUUUCGGGGCUCUAUUUCUGAUAGCCACAAUGCUAAAGGUAAAGGAAAUAUAAAGGAGUAUAUUAUGAAAAUCUCUAAUCUCGCGUCAAAACUAAAAGCACUAAAGUUAGAGUUGUCUGAUGAUUUGCUCAUGCACCUAGUUUUGAUUUCCCUUCCUACACACUUUGGACAAUUCAAGGAUUGUAAUGGAAAGCUUGAAUAUGAGUUUAAGGCAGAAAGGAGUGAGUUUGGAAUGGUUGAGUAUGAGUAUCAUAUUGACAGAAUCAGAUUUUGUGGUCUUCAUGAAAGUUGUGGCUCUGGAUAUUAUCUUUCCGAUGGAACUGGAAUAAGAUAA